CCUACUGCAGCAGCACCUUGACUAACUGCACGGACUGCUCCUUUAAACCCAGCAGCUCUCAGCCCUGUGUGAAGUUUACACAGCAAACCUCUGAGUCUGUCCUGUGAGAGACUGAACUGUGGAAAGGGCUGGGUCGGGGUUCUCAGGUUGAACGUCUGUCUUUGCACAAGUAACAGGUUUGAGUUGGAUAAAUAAUUUGGAGGAGAGGCCAGGGCCCUCCUUUCCUCUCCUCUCCUCUCCUCUCCUCUCCUCUCCUCUCCCCUCUCCUCCUUGUCAAUCCUCUUGAGAACUGAUAUGUUGUUCUUUAAGAGAGCUCAGACUCAGACUGCGCUCCUGCUUUUCUUCCAAUUUCCACAGAAAACAUCUGUGCUCUCACUGCAGACCAACUGACUUUUCUUUGGGAUUUAAAUCUUUGAGGUGUUUUUUUUUUGCCAUGGCGAAGUGGUCAGUAUCAUUGUUAUACUUUUUCCAGGGACUUCUGUCUCUCUCCUCUGGACAGCAGCAGCAGCAGCAGCAGCAGCAGCAUCCACAGCGCACACAUGUGGGCCCGUGGAGACAUCGGAUUCAGUGGCAGAACCACGGACAGGUUUACAGUUUGAUGAGCACUGGAUCUGAGUUCCACGCUCCGGUUCGCUCCAGGAGCCACUCCAGGGUUUAUGUGAGCAGCAGAAGAGAUGGCACCAGGAGCCGACCGGCUGAAGGCCACAGGGUGACUGACCUCAAUGUACCGCCAGGAAUUCUCACUCCUGGACGUGACGGGAGACCCUUUGUGUCCGUCGGUUCUCAGGGAACCAGAGAACAACCGGAGAGAACGUCCGUCUCUGAUUUUCCUACAGCUUUAGAAACAGAAGCUGAGGGUUUCUCACCGUUCCACCUACAGACGGAGGAUGGUCCGGGUGAGGUGACCACACCUGGUGAGAACAUGGUCAACGACGACCCACGAAACCCUUUCAAAAACCAUAGGAAUUCAGUUUUCUACAACCUGCACCCCUCCACGGGGAGGUCAGUGGCACGGCCACACCGUCCUCCUGGUGCUGGAUAUGGAACGAGAUAUUUCCAAAACGGACUCCCAGACCUUGUUCCAGACCCGUAUGCCAUCCAAGCAGGUGCUUAUGUCCAGCGCAUGCAGAUGUAUGCUCUCCGCUGUGCAGCCGAGGAGAACUGUCUGGCCAGGUCAGCCUACGGACCUGCGGUGCGAGACAUCGACUUCAGGGUUCUGCUGCGGUUCCCUCAGAAGGUGAAGAACCAAGGUACCUCCGACUUCCUCCCUGUCAAGCCACGGUAUCAGUGGGACUGGCACAGCUGUCACCAGCACUACCACAGCAUGGACGCGUUCAGUAACUACGACCUGCUGGACAUGAGGACAGGACGGAAAGUAGCCGAGGGACACAAGGCCAGCUUCUGCCUGGAGGACACAGGCUGCGAUGCAGGAUUCAGGAGACGCUACGCCUGUACGUCCCACACACAGGGCCUGAGCCCUGGGUGUCAUGACCUCUACGCUGCCAACAUCGACUGUCAGUGGAUCGACAUCACCGACGUUCCUCCGGGAAAUUACAUCCUGAGGGUGAUGGUCAAUCCCAAUUUUCAUGUCCUUGAAUCAGACUUCACCAACAACGUAGUGCGGUGUGACAUCACCUACACAGGAGUCUUUGUUCAGACACGCAACUGUCGAAUAUCAAGGGGUUGAACUUUUCACUCAGACCAACGUCACACUGAUGUGUAAAUAUAAAUAAAAAUAAAAAGAGUGAAUUGAUCUUUGUGAAGGUUAAUAUUGGUUGAAUACAUGCCAAAUUUUUUUGUGUUAUAAUUAUGUUUUUUUUUAUAAUCUGAAAUGAUGAUACGUGCACAGGUGGGUAAAACACUCAAGUGGUUUGAUUUUUGUUGCAUUUUAGAUAUUUUACUUUUCUGUGAAUUGUAAGUGCUACAAUUUGCAUUUAAAUUCAAUUUCAUAAAUAUAUUGUGGGGUUAUUACAAAUGUGUCGUGUUGGAUAUGAAAUUUUGAAAAGAAAUCCUGUUGAAAACUACGGAUGACGUCUUAUUUUUAAUGGAAUAAAAAGAAAGAGAAGGUUUUAAAUAAAGAAAGGAAAGAAAAGUCUUUUAUUUCUGCUGUACAUGAGCACAAACAGUGAAAAGGCUGAGUCACAGCUGUGUCCUUGUCCUGUUGAAUGGAGCAGCUCCACGUCUCAGAGACAGACACGGGCCACAUGUUUGCUGACAGACCUGUGUGAAGACACGACUGGAAGAAAUAAAGAAAUCCUUUCGGAACGAAAGGAUUUUGACUUUUUUUUUUUCACGCUGCCGUGGUUGGAUGAAGAGUCCCACCUGAUUUAAAGACUUUAUCGAAGGUUCAUAUAUAGUGAACCGUCAAAUAGAAACCUGUACUGUCUGCAUGUGCCUUUAAAUGCACAGAUGUCAGGUAUGGAGAGGGGGGGGGGCAGUGGAGCAGGGAGAUCAAGCCCAGUUUAAAUGGUUUGUGUAGCUGUUUGCCAAGACGCUCCACUGCCAGGAGAGAUUGUCAAUGUUUUUCAUGGUGUCUGGAAAAAUCCCCCUGACUCUUGUUCAGUCGACUUAUUUCCUGGCUCUCCUGGAAUGUUUCAGGACAAUAUUUAACAAAGUGACAACUUCAGCAAGAUCCUUAAAAAAUCCCCUAAAAAAAGGAGUCGUCGCAGACGGAACACAAAUCCAUCAGCCAUGAUUAAACAACCUGCAGACAAAAUCUGAACCCUGACGGCAGAGGGACGUCUGCAGAUGAUAAUUAAUCAUAAAUUGUGCACAGAAAUGAGUUUGAAUAAAACUAUUGAUUCUCUCUUAUUUUAGACCUGAUAAAAACUGUGAAACUUUUCCAAGUGAUUGCCUCUCUUUCAUCGUCUCUGUCCCUCUGUACUCAGCUGGUGUCCUUUUUGGACCUGCGUGUCAUUUCAAACAUGUCGUGGUGUAGAGAAGACACCGGCUGUUUGUUCAGCUGUGGAGUUUCACACCAACAUCUGGACCAGGCCUCCUGUUAGACUUACACUAGCACUGGUAAAGACCAGAGAGCAGACUGGUACCUCACAUCUGGUGUCAACAAACGCAGGCCAACGUACAGGUGAUGUCAGGAAAGGUAACGUGAGGUGAAGACACACCGGGACAAGGAGAGACGUUUUCCAGUUGCGUCUGCGCGUCUUCAGACACAGAGGUCACCGAGGCCAGAGUUUGGUAUUUUCAGGUCAUGUUUCAACCAAACGGGGCCACGUGAGAACUGGCAGGAACGCAACAAAGAAACACGCUCAGCCUACAGGCCGUGUCUUGACAGAUUGGUUUAGCCACAAAGCAGAGAAAUUCCUCAGCAGCUCUGUCAUCUCACCCAGAUUAAGAGCAGCACGGAGGUCAGAUGUGGACCAGAAAGGUCACCAAGGGCUCGAGCUCUGGACUCCUCGCUCUCAUGACGGUCACUCACCAAACCAGAAACCACAGUGCCUUAACUGUAGCGAGAGAAGAAAAAAAAAACAGUGUGUAACAAUCACAAAGGAGUCAUCUCUGAGUGGGGCUGAUGAUGAAUCUUCUUUUUCCUGCGAGCUGGGUGGUAUUUUGACUUGGGUGGUUUUAAAGGAAAGUCUCAGAGGAUUUCUCUGAUUGUUGGUCUGCUGUGUUGGAUGUUAUUCUGUUGUUCACUGAUGAUUCAUCUCUCGGCUUUUAACAUUAUAUUUUUCUCAUUUGUUUUCCAAUUUCUAACACUUUGCCCACAGGCAUGAAAAUAUAAUCCGUGAGACAAAUUAAUUCCUUUGUGAUGUGAAAAUACGCCUGCAGGCUACAACACGAUGAAACAACUUUACACAAUGACACGGGACAAAUCAGAUAAAUCAGAGUGUGGUUCCACAGCGCAGCGGUUCUCAGGGCUGCCCUGGAAGCAGAGAGUCCUGGGUUUGAUUCCCAGAGGAACCACGUGUUUGAUGACGUUCCAUCACGUUCACCUGUGUGCGGUGACUUCCUGUUAGUCUCAUUCGUCCCACCUGGGUAUUGAUCCCCCUCUUCCUCACUCUGUCUUCGUCGUGUUGAAGGUUCCUGUUGGUCACUUCAUGGUCGUGUUUUCCUCAUGGCGUUAACUCCAGGUAAGUUGGGAACACCUGAAUUAUGUUGUUCAUGGGUGGAGGGGGUGCAGCAUUGAAGGAGGGUCACAAGUGAAUGCAUUGAAUUUAGUUUUUUAACACAUUUUGUAAUUGGUUGUGUUUAUUUGACCGAUGUAAUUAUUUGAAUGACAGACUUUCAACUCAAUUCUAAUUGAGUUUUGGAGAACUGAGGUGGAGUUCCUCUGUGGUCGACUCUGUGUUCUGGGAGACUGUUGUAGGUUUGAGUCAGGACGAGGCUGUGAACUCUGAAACAAAGAUCCCGGUUGUUUGAGUUGCUGUUGUUUUCCUGCCAGAAAUCAAAAGUCUAAACAGAUCAGGGGAGAAACAUUCCACUGGACUGCCAUCAAGCACCGCUGGUGUUAACAGUAUCCUUCACUCGUGUUUUUGUUGGGCAGUUGGACGAGCAGCAGGAAGUGGUGGUAAUCAGAACCAGUGUUAUUUUUGGUGUGAAUCUCUGUCUGACAUUCCGUAGUCACAGCAGUAUUUACAGAGGUUUCUCCGUCCCUGCGCUCUGUCUGUCAGGAUCUGCAGACGGUGAAUGAAUGAAGGCCCAGACUGGUACUGCAGGCCAAGACACGGGUUUUGUCAAAGGCCACCAGGAUUCCGAUCCAGGGCCUUGGAGCUGUACAACAUUCUUGAGGAUUGAUGGUUGUUUGCAAUCAUAGUUUUAUAUUUAUGCCGUUCUCUGGACUGUUUUCCUCCUGAAGUUUGAUUCCAUUCAUAGACAGCUGCUCGCUGCCAGACCAACAACACGCAGAUUAAUGCUGUGUCUGGGAAAUGGAAAAUAAUCUGAUGCAGUUUAUGACUGAACCAUAAAAAAUGUAAUCUUUCCUUCUCCAAGAAGACUCGGAACCUAAGAGACACGAUGAUGCGUUUAUGA